GCAAAGCCUACGCUCCUGAGUUCUACUAUGACACCUACAACCCUCUGUGGCAGAACAGACCUCGCGUCUACUCCUACAGUCUGCAGUGGACACAGAUGAACCCCGACGCUGUGGACCGCAUCCUUGCCUAUCGCUUAGGGAUUAGGCAGGCUGGACAACAGCGUUGGUGGGAGCAGGAAAUUACAGUGAAUGGAAAUAUUCAAAAGGGAGAAUUAAUUACCUACAACCUAACUGAGCUGAUCAAGCCAGAGGCAUAUGAAGUCCGUCUAACACCCAUCACCAGAUUUGGGGAGGGGGACUCAACUAUUCGGGUCAUCAAGUAUAGUGCUCCAGUAAAUCCACAUCUACGAGAGUUCCACUGUGGGUUUGAGGAUGGUAACAUUUGCCUUUUCACUCAAGAUGACACGGACAAUUUUGACUGGACAAAACAAAGCACUGCCACUAGAGACACAAAAUAUACCCCGAACACGGGGCCAAACGCGGAUCGGACUGGCUCCAAGGAAGGUUUCUACAUGUACAUUGAGACAUCACGCCCCAGGCUGGAAGGAGAAAAGGCCAGGCUUGUUAGUCCUGUUUUCAGUGUCGCUCCAAAAAACCCUUACGGAGCUGCGAACACAGCCUACUGUUUUAGCUUCUACUAUCACAUGUAUGGACAGCACAUAGGAAGCUUGAACGUUUACCUGCGAUUGAAAGGUCAGACCGCGAUAGAGAACCCGCUGUGGUCUUCAAGUGGAAAUAAGGGACAGCACUGGAACCAAGCCCGCGUUAACAUAAACCCCCCGACUUCAUUUCAGCUCAUAUUUGAAGGGAUCCGGGGCCCUGGCAUCGAAGGUGACAUUGCCAUUGAUGAUGUAUCAAUUGUGGAAGGCGAGUGUAUGAAAUCAGACCAACCGGCCAACAAUUUACGAUCAGGUGCUGUUGGGACAUUAGCGCAUAUACGACUUAUCCCAGUUAUCAUCCUCAUGUCUGUCUUAAGUCAUCAGAGGUGACCUUAUCCUGGCAGAGGCUACAAAAGAUUCACCAGGCACUGGCAUGAAGAAAGAGUCUUUGUAAAAUGGACAUUUAAAAACAAACUACCAAAGAUUCCUCCACUGACUGACUCAAAAGUUAAAUAAAUACAUAAAUAAAUAAAAAAAAAAUUAAAAGCACUGGGGACAUAAAAGGCAUCACAGGAGUGUAACUCACUAUGAACCACACGUGAGAACGGGAUCUGGCCUAAGUAAGGAAGAGACCUUCAGGUGCUUUUGCGGUCAAUGAUGAAUACAACAGCAUCUGGUUGAACUCUUGGAAAAGAGCUAUAGAAACCCUUGUCAAAGCACAAAGUCAUGGCUGGUUUUGUUUCAAAUGAAUAGUUUGCUUGUUACCAUGGAAACCUAAUGGCCUGCCAAAAAAAAAAAAAAGAAAGAAGGAGAGAGAGAGGAAAUAAAAACAAAAAGAGAGAGAGAGAGAGAGAAACACCUCACUGUAAACAGGGUAUGUGAAGAGCUGGCAUUCAUUUUCCCUUCAAGAAGGUUUUUAGUAUAGAGUUAAAUAAACGUAGGCCCUUUCUACUUUGGCUGUCACCUCCCCUAGAGAAUAACCCUAAAUCAGAGCUGUUUUAAGACAUUCAUGUUUCAUUUCUCAUGGCUAUGCUUGAUAACUGUAUGCCGUCUCCUUUUGCAUGCAUUACUAUCCAGGAUGUGCGACCUGGGCUUACAUAUUACACAGGCUUAUCGGAGUUUGCUUGCGGCCACUCGAACACCCCUCUCCCCUCCCCAACUAAGUCAUCUGUUCUAAUGAAGUGAAGAAACCAAACCACCGUCUUUUAUAAAUUGCCAUGGAAACCAAGUGCCUUCAAUGAAACAAGCCUGAUUUAA